UCUAUGAAAUGGCAUCAGGGUCUAUAAUAAACUUGUGGACUUCUCUCUCUGCUUUCUAAUGUCUAGAAGUAUCCAUAGGGGUGUAUUAUAUAGCACUGAGUCUGAUUUUCAUGUUGGGAACCCUUUAAGAUGAAAAGGGCUACGUUUUCUCCAAAGCAUUCUAGCAGCAAGUAUGGUGUUAGAUCCAUUAGUUUGCCAACAAGAUCACAUCCAAGCACAGCUAGAAGUGAAGAGGAGUUGAGCAAGCUUAAAUCAUUGGAGGCAUCAUCAUCAUCAUCAUCAUCGUCAUCAACAUCAAAGGUAGAAACAAUUUGCUGUGGUUUAUCUGGUCUUUCAGAAUUGUACAAGUGCAUUGAAGAUCUUUUGAGAUUGCCAUUGACCCAACAAGCACUAGGGCAACACCAGAAUGAGAAAUGGGUGAACGAGAUGCUAGAUUGCCCAGUAAGAUUCUUGGACCUAUUGGGCAUAACAAGGGAUGCAAUUCUGUUAAUGAAAGGAAGUGUUGAGGAACUUCAGUCUGCAAUCAGAAGAAGGGUUGGUGAUUGUGACAUGGAGAACCAUCUUUCUACAUAUUGGAAACUCAGAAGGAACAUGAGGAAAGAGUGCACAAAAUCUCUGCUUUUGUUGAAGCAGAUGGAUGAUGAGUUAUCUGGGGCUUCUCUUCCAUUGGAUCUUAAUGACCACCUUUCUGCAGUGGUAAGAGUGCUAAGAGAAGCUAAUUGGAUCACAAGCUCCAUCUUUCAGACUCUUGUUGUGUUUCUUUCUUCACCAAUCUUGAAACUAAAGGCUAAUAAGUGGGCUUUUGUGUCAAGAUUGAUGCAGAAGGGGGUGUUUGCUUACAACAAUCAUGAGGAAAAUAUAAAUGAAUUGGAAAAGGUGGAUUUGAUUGUGGACAAUCUGAGCAGAGAUGCUGAGGCUGAGAAGAUUCAAUCUGCACAUGGAAGGUUGGAAGCUUUGGUGAUUGCCAUUGAAGGAAUUGAAAAUGGAUUGGAAUGCUUGUUUAAGCGGCUGAUUAAUACUAGAGUAUCUUUUCUGAAUAUAUUUUCUCCUUAGGGGAUGGUAUAGCAGGCAUGUGUAGUAAAAAACUCUGGCUCAAUUAGGCCUUGUUAUGUGAUGCAUAGCAGAGAGUUUGUGAAAUUUGCCAUGUGUACAAAUAGAGUUGUUAAAUAUGUAACUGUACAUUCUGCUUGUUUUUCUUUCACAUCUUCUAUCCUUUUACCACAAUGCUAAACAUCUCUUAAUUUUUUUUU